AUGAAAGAUAUAAUUCUUAUAUCGACAUUAUUUGCUUCAAUUGGUGUCUGCAUCUAUCCAUUUAUUCGUCAACGUCAAACACAAGAAAAUAUGAAUAUUAUGUUACAAGAACUUGAAAUAUUACAAAAAGCUAAAGGCAAUUUAUUAGCUGAACAGGUAGAUGGAUUUCGAAAACAUCGUGAUUCAAUUAUUGAUCAUGAGAAACAAAUAAGUUUUGAUUUAGAAGAAAUUGAACAAUUACAAAUUGCAUUACAUCAAGCAGAAGAACAUGUUCAACAAUAA